AAGAAUGCUUAUUCCAUUCUUCCAUUUUCUCUUCACUCUCUCGCUGGAAGUCAACUGAUGGCAGAGUAGAGUGUUGAAUUUGUUGAGUCUUCGGAAUCGGCGCUGAGUCCAUGGCUGACUCGGACAACGACUCGGAGGGAGCGCAGAACGCGGGAAACAGCAGCUUCAGCGACUUAUCGCCUCGGGAACAGGAACGCUUCCUGCCACUCGCCAACGUAACCAGGCUCAUGAAAAGGGCUAUACCGGCGAACGCCAAGAUCUCCAAGCACACCAAAAAGACCAUGCUGGAAUGCGUGUCGGAGUUCAUAAUUUUCAUAACCGACGAAGCUUCCGACAAGUGCCAGCGCGAGAAGCGCAAGACAAUCAACGGCGAUGACCUUCUGUGGGCCAUGACCUCCUUAGGAUUCGAGGACUACGCCAAGUUUCUCAAAAUUUACCUCCAGCGAUUCCGCGAGAUCGAGGGAGAGAAGACCGUCGCCGCACGAGACAAGGACGCCGCCUCCUCCUCCUCCGUGAGCGGCUACGACUACUCCCCGUCCUCCGCCGCCGCCAUGAUGCAUCAUCUGUGAGAUCCCAAAAUAUUUACGAUAAAACAUAUUUUCUUCUUUCUCCAGUAGUGUAUUGAUGUAUUUAAGAUGUGAUUCUGUAUUUUAUUAAAUUACCAUGGUAUGUAGAUUUUUUUUAUACAUUCGAAAAUACCCAUCCAAUACAGCCUAUGAAUUAGACAGUAGACAUAAUUUUUGGUUUUGGCUAAUGAAAACGUAAUCCCUUUCUUUCCUCUCUUCCAUUAUGAAAGUUGUCUUCUUUUCCCCUCACUCCUACCCUUUCCUUUCUUUUCAGCUUAGCAACUUUAUGUUUUGAGUUCCAACCAAACUAAUCACCUAAUAAUCAAAUGAAACAAACCAUGCACAGAACUUGAAUGUAGGUUAUGGAGACAUUAGGCGUGAAUUAAAGAAAUUGGUUCCUUCUUUGAUUGAAAACGUCCAAACAUAGGAGCUGCUAGCUUCAAGGAUAAAACCUUAAUUUCCCCUUAAUGAUAAUUAACGAAAAUAAUAAGGAAAACAGGAAAAA